AUGGUGGCUAAUUCAGCUAAUGCCAAUAGGAAUCUAUCAAGGUCUAUCCGAGUCACAAUCGUUGCUGCGGACUCAUUGAUCAAGAGAGAUAUCCUCCGACUUCCGGAUCCAUUUGCCAUCGUCUCUGUUGAUUCUGAACAGAUCCACACGACUUCAGUCAUCAAAAGAACUUUGAACCCAUACUGGAAUGAGAACUUUGAUAUUAAUGUCAAAGAUUCAUCUAUAGUUGCGGUUCAAAUUUUCGAUCAACGAAAAUUCAAGAGAAAGGACCAAGGUUUCCUUGGUGUCAUCAACAUCAAAGUCUCAGAUGUCAUUGAUCUUGAACUUGGUGGGCAAGAAAUGCUCACAAAGGAGUUGAAGAAAGGAUCCGAUGGUCAAGCUGUUCAAGGAAAACUUAUUGUAUACCUUUCCACCCAAACCAGCGCCCCUAUCCAAACUGCUACUCCUACGGCCUCAGGCUCCAACUCAUUGCUCAACACUCGUGACAACGGAUCAGCUCUUUCCCUCAAUACCGCCGCUGCUGUCAACACCGCCGGUUCACGACCUGGGUCAACCCUUCGGGCUGCUAAUGCUAGCCCUGAGCCCGAAAGCCCAGCCGUUGCUGCUCCCGAGAAUACCACUGUAUCUCCGCCAACGGCCUCCGUUCCUCAACCUAUCAACACCAAUGGUGCCGCAGCAGCUGCUUCUGGUGCACCCACAGUAAACCCUACAGCUCAAGCAGCCUCAACAGGUCAAACCGGAAACAGCACCACGCCUGGAAACGAAUUCGAUUCCCACUCCGAUCAAUACGGACCUCUGCCCGCUGGCUGGGAGAGACGUAUCGAUCAUCUCGGUCGACAAUACUAUGUGGACCACAACACACGAACUACCACCUGGAACAGACCAAGUGACAGUGUAUUGUCCAACACCGCUUCGCAAGCAACUUCGACUGGCGAAGCUAGAGCAAGACACAAUCAACGAAACUUGGCAGAUGACAUGCUCGACGUACAACAACCUAACACUGGUUCCGCGACUCCUACUAACGGCGCUGCUGGCGCAGGUGGAGCUGUUGCGUCAAGCAAUGUCACCACCGCUGGACAAGGUCCAUUACCUGCUGGGUGGGAGCAAAGAUUCACACCUGAAGGAAGACCAUAUUUCGUCGAUCACAAUACGAGAACCACAACAUGGGUAGAUCCCAGAAGACAACAAUUAUUGAGAGUCAUUGCACCCGGACAAGGUAAUCUAUCUGUUCAGCCUCAAACCGUCAGCCAACUUGGACCAUUGCCAAGUGGCUGGGAAAUGAGAUUGACUUCAACUGCUCGAGUGUACUUCGUUGAUCAUAAUACAAAAACAACAACUUGGGACGAUCCGAGAUUACCUUCUUCACUCGAUCAAAACGUGCCUCAAUACAAGAGAGAUUUCAGAAGGAAACUUAUCUAUUUCAGAUCUCAACCUGCUUUACGAUCGAACACCGGACAAUGUCACAUUAAAGUUUCGAGAGAAAAUAUCUUUGAAGGUUCUUAUACCGAAAUUAUGAGACAAACUCCUAACGAUCUAAAGAAGAGAUUGAUGAUCAAGUUCGAGGGUGAAGAUGGUUUAGAUUACGGAGGUCUGUCAAGAGAAUUCUUCUUCUUGCUUUCACACGAAAUGUUCAAUCCGUUCUAUUGUUUGUUCGAAUAUUCAGCACAUGACAAUUAUACUCUUCAAAUCAACCCUAAUUCAGGUGUUAACCCUGAACAUCUAAAUUAUUUCAAGUUCAUCGGAAGAGUCGUUGGUUUAGGUAUCUUCCAUCGACGAUUCUUAGAUGCGUACUUCAUCGUAUCAUUCUAUAAAAUGAUUCUCAAGAAGAAGAUCACUCUUCAGGAUCUCGAAUCUGUCGAUUCUGGUUUGCACAGAGGUUUGACCUGGAUGUUGGAGAAUGAUAUUACGGAUGUUAUUGAGGACACUUUCUCUAUCACAGAAGAACAUUUUGGUGAAGUAGUAACUGUCGAUUUGAAAGAGGGAGGAAGGGAUGUCGAAGUGACUGAAGCCAACAAGAAAGAUUAUGUCGACUAUGUUACAGAGUACCGAAUCUCUCGAAGAGUCAGCGAACAAUUUGACGCAUUCAUGUCUGGUUUCAACGAAUUGAUCCCUCAAGAGCUCAUUAACGUAUUCGAUGAGCGAGAACUUGAGUUACUCAUCGGUGGUAUGUCAGAGAUUGAUGUGGACGACUGGAUGAAACAUACCGAUUAUCGAGGAUAUAACCCAUCGGAUGAAGUUGUCGAAUGGUUCUGGAAGAUCGUCAGAGGUUGGCCAGCGGAGAGAAAAUCUCGUCUAUUACAAUUCACUACGGGUACAUCGCGAAUUCCAGUCAACGGUUUCAAAGAUUUGCAAGGAUCUGAUGGACCUCGACGAUUCACCAUUGAGAAAGCUGGUGAACCAACCCAAUUGCCCAAAUCACAUACCUGUUUCAACAGAAUCGAUCUACCUGCUUAUAAAACAUACGAAGCUCUCGAACAGAAAUUGACUAUCGCUGUUGAAGAAACACUUGGUUUCGGACAAGAAUAA